CACUCUGUCUGAGUCUGAGCGUGUCCUCAUACGAAAUGGGCCUCCAGCUCCUAUCAGCCAGUGCAGAGCCUGGCAUACUCAGGAAUAGUGAUCCUUUCCCCACCUCCCCUGACGAAGCCUUUGGGAAUCCCCACAUAAUAUUCUCUAGAGCCCUUGACCCAACGCUGAAUGAUCGACCCGGUGCUCAGACUCAUGCUGGAAGCAAAGAAAAGGUGGAGUAUGUCCCAGGGGCAAUCCCAGCCUCCAGCCUCAAGGAAGGCAGCACAGAGUUAGUGGACGUCAAGUGACCAGAGUGGGGGGGAACGGAAAAAAUGGCCACCAGUCCCUCUGAGGCUAUUUCUACAGCCAGGGUAAGUAAGACCCCCAAAAAGUUGGCCCCACACCCCACGGAUUGAACCUCAGAGGGGCUCCUGAACCCUGAAAGAGGCCGCUUUUAGAUCAAAAGCAAAUCUGUGAGCUUCCACAACAGGUACAGAAAACUCCAGAUUUCAAUUCUGGAAAUAGGAAGGGCUUCCAAACACACUGAAUUUCACAGAUUCCAAGAUAAUGGGCAGUUCAUCCUGAGCCUUUUUUGGCUGCCCCCAGAGAUGCUAAUCAUGGCCUCUUCCCUUCAGCCACCAUGCAGAGGCCGUGGUUGGACAGUCUCUGAACCUGGAGAAGCCAGAGGGUUGGCCCCGUGGUGCCCCAGGAAAGGAUGGGUGACCCCCCAGCCCUGGAGGGAAAAUCCCAAGUCCAUAGCCUUCAGUGCCUGCCUCUUGGGUCCAGUGACUGCCACCAUGGUAAAUCUUUCUGUAAAGGUGUAUCCCCAGGGACCCCCAGAGUCCUGUGAGCCGAUCUAGUUCUGGGGUCAACAGAAGUUGGUUUGGUGAGAGAAGACACUCCCCGGAUCUGGCUAGUUCCACCUAUUCUCAGCAGUACCCUGCCUAUGCAGAGCCUCAGCCACCUUUCACCUGUGCCCACCUUGUGUGCUUCUCAAGCAGUCCCCAACUUGGGCUCCUGUACUCUCACUCCUAGGGGAGGUCUGAGGCUUCCCCCCUGGUCCACAGUUCACAUACAAGUCUCAUUAGCUAGAAACUGGUCAUGAAGGGUUCCACAUCAGUUCCCCUCCACAGGGUGGAAAGAUGGGGGUGGGGAGGCAGAAAGCUGUGUGGGGCUCAGAGAGCUUCCUCCAUUUCCCUCCUGGCCCCUUCUCUCUGGUAGAGCUGCAAGGAGGAGAGGAAAGCCUUCUCCAUGCUCCCCCUCUUCUUUAGGCCUACAAUUUUUCUUUUAAGUUUAUUUUCAGAGAGAGAGAAUGAGUUGGGGAUGGGCAAAGAGAGAGGGGGACAGAGGAUCCGAAGCAGGCUCUGUGCUGGCAGCAGAGAGCCCAGUGUGGGGCUCAAACUCUAGAACUCUGAGAUCAUGACCUGAGCUGAAGUCAGACGCUUAACCGACUGAGUCACCCAGGUGCCCCAGGCCUAUAUCUUUAAUGACAGCCCACUCUGAUCCUUCCUCUGUCCUGCCUGGAGAACAGCUCCAUGGGUCCCAGUGCCUUCCCUAGCAGAUAAUGAAUCAGGGCACCGUUGGACAAUGGCUCCAGGAUGAUGGAUGAAAAGGAAGCUGUAUCCCAAAAAUGGGAGGUGGCAAGACGCAAGCACUCCCCUUCUGGGCCAUGAGGGUGUGACUUUUCAAUGUUAGUUGCCAAUACCAUAACCAACGGCCCCUAGGAGGGUUUCCUCAUUCACUUGUUUAUUUUCCCACAGGGCAAGUGCUAGAUGUUCUUAGACUCAAGGAGUGGAAGGUUUAAAGGGAGGGGAAAUGUGUUCUUUCCCGCUCUGAGCCCCGGGGGUGAUCUGAUGCCGGUAACUUGUGGAUGCUGCAACAGCCCCAACCCUGGGCACGGGGAGGCUGGAGGGCAGCAGUCCUACAUAGCCCUCCCGGCCCCAGCCUCACGCUACCACUUGGUCUCCAACAUGCACCCCAAGUCUCUGAGCCAGUCUCACCUGGGAAAUGGGCAACAAUCUGCCUCUUAGGGGAAGGACGAAAUGAGGCAGAGGGACCCUUGGGGUUAGGGGCAGGAUCCCUGGAUUCAGAGGGAUUUAGAAGAUAAAAUAACUGAGUGGCCCACCCAGUCUGCUCAGGAGAAAGGAUUUGGGAUGAUGCAACAUGGGAAGAGCAAGGUUUGGGAGGCUGGCUUUGGCUGAGGCAGCUCGUGCAAGUGAGCCUCGGUCAGCUCCUCUGUAAAAUGGGGUGGUAAUAAUACCUCCUUCACGAGAUGGCCGCGAGGGUCAAAUGUGACAAUGCAUGGGCAUGCUGUCGCACCCUCAUCAGCUCUAUGUGAAUAUAAGAAAGGGGCACCUGGGUGGCUCAGUCGGUUAAGCAUCUGACUCUUGGUUUCUGCUCUUCAUGAUCUCAUGGUUCAUGAGUUCGAGCCCCACAUCAGGCUGUGCAGUAACAGCACGGAGCCUGCUUGGGAUUCUCUCUCUGCCUCUCUCCCUCUCUAAAAAUAAAUAAGUAUUUAAAAAAAAUUUUUUUUAAGUAGAAGAAAGACUAAAAGGAGCCUAGGGUGGUUGGGGAGAUCAUCUUUCAGGGUGCUGUGCCUGGACUUUCAGUGCUGGGAAUGAGACCCAAGCCCGCAUGGGCUCUUCUGAUCUUGAGACCCUCUGAUGGUGACUGGGUUGCCAGGGGGAAGUUCUUGUGGCCCGGGUCUGUUCCUGGGACUUCUGCUUCUUGGUUGGCAUCUCUGUAGCAGGUUCGAGGAGCAGAGUGAUGUCUCUGGUUUUGGUCCUCUGCCUCAGCCACCUGGAGGAGCCCCCAUGGCAGAGAAAUUGGAGGGCAGUGUGGGGUCGAGGCCAGCACCAGCUGCCUUGGGCCGGACCAGGUGGUCAGAUGGUGGUAAAGGGCAGGGGGAUGGUGACAGCGACGAAGGUGGCAAUCUGGGACUGAAUUGUGCCCAGAAACCACAGAAUCCAUGGCUGUUCUGGGCUCCCUUUCCCCAGACGCACAUUCUGUCUGGUAGAUGGAGGGGAACCGUGCAGGGAGGAAAAUAGGAAUAGAGAAUGAGGGAAGGUAGCGCAGCUCUCACGGCACAUCCAGCCUGACAUAGCUCCCCUUUUGGGGGCCGGGGUGGGUCCUCCUCACCGGAGUGGACAACCCCCCGAUGGUACCUGCCAGAACGCACCUGAACUCAGGCUACUCCCUUCUGCCGCCUCCCCCUUGAAAUGAGUACAGAUCGGAUGUUCUCUCAAGCUGAGACCCUGUGUGCACAACCCUCAGGGCCGGUGACAGCGGACAGGGGAAGAUGGCAGGGAAGGCCUGGGGGACAUGACCCCAAGAAGAGCGGGAACAGGACAAGAGGGAGGAGACUCUAAAUUAUCCAUCAGCACAGGCCGGCCAGUGGCCCGAUGCAUAAAUGUAUAGAGAAAAUAAGUGGGGGCGGAGGGGGAUAGAGAAGGGACCAGGGUAUAAAAAGGGCCCGCAAGGGACUGAUUCCAGGAUCCCAGCACCCGGCUCUCCAAACCGCUCAGGGUCCUGUGGACGGCUCAUCCCCAGCUGUGAUGGCUGCAGGUAAGUGCCCCUAAAAUCCCUUUGGGUUCAGUGUAUACUGAGGCACAAGGCGGUGGCCCGGCAUGUGGAUGGGGACGCUAACCCUGGGCUUUGGGGCUGCUGAAUGUGAGCAGAGACAUCUAUGCCCAGACAUUUGGCCAAGUUUUAAAUGUUCUCCGUCCCCGGUGGGGGGAGGGGAAGGGCUGACAGGAAACAGAGGCCUCUUGCUGUCUGGGCCAUGGCCUCGCCCUCCGGGUCCCUCUCUGUAGGCCCUCGGAACUCUGUGCUCCUGGCGUUUGCCCUGCUCUGCCUGCCCUGGCCCCAGGAGGUGGGUGCCUUCCCAGCCAUGCCCUUGUCCAGUCUGUUUGCCAACGCCGUGCUCCGGGCCCAGCACCUGCACCAGCUGGCCGCCGACACCUACAAAGAGUUUGAGCGGGCGUACAUCCCGGAGGGACAGAGGUAUUCCAUCCAGAACGCGCAGGCUGCCUUCUGCUUCUCGGAGACCAUCCCGGCCCCCACGGGCAAGGACGAGGCCCAGCAGAGAUCCGACGUAGAGCUGCUCCGCUUCUCCCUGCUGCUCAUCCAGUCAUGGCUCGGGCCCGUGCAAUUCCUCAGCAGGGUCUUCACCAACAGCCUGGUGUUCGGCACCUCGGACCGGGUCUACGAGAAGCUCAAGGACCUGGAGGAAGGCAUCCAAGCCCUGAUGCGGGAGCUGGAAGAUGGCAGCCCCCGGGCCGGGCAGAUCCUGAAGCAAACCUACGACAAGUUUGACACAAACUUGCGCAGUGACGACGCGCUGCUCAAGAACUAUGGGCUCCUGUCCUGCUUCAAGAAGGACCUGCACAAGGCUGAGACGUACCUGCGGGUCAUGAAGUGUCGCCGCUUCGUGGAAAGCAGCUGUGCCUUCUAGUUGCUGGGCAUCUCGGUUGCCCCCUCCCCAGCGCCUCCCCUGACCCUGGAAAGUGCCGCUCCAGUGCUCACUGUGCUUUCCUAAUA